CAGCCCGGAUCGCUCAGCCUGGAGUGGAGACAACCGAGACAGCUUCUUAUCAAGUGAAUUUGCUUUGUGAUCUGUGGCUUGCUUUUCACUGUGGUCACCCUGAGAACCUGACUGCCCCCUCGCCCCACAGAGGUGCCUAUCCUGCCGCUGAGUGGACCUGAGGGGCGCACACAGUUUGAGACAAUCACCUCAGCAAAGCAAAAUGCCAGCAAAGACCCCCAUUUAUUUAAAAACUACAACUCCCAAGAAAGGCAAGAAGGUGAAGCUCCGUGAUGUCCUCUCAGGGGACAUGAUCAGUCCCCCGCUGGGCGAUGUCCGUCACAGUGCCCAUGUGGGGCUUGAAGGGGAGGGUGACAUGUUUGGAGACGUGGGUUUCCUCCAGGGUAAGAUGGACAUGCUGCCAUCACUGAGCCGAACACAGAAUGGUCACGCACGCUCGCACAGCGUGGAGAGACACGUGGACGAAGGCCUCACCGUGAAGGAGGACUCGCACAGCUACGCCCACAAUGGUUACUACUGUCAGCAUUCCUCGUCCAGUUUGCUGAAGACCACCAUCUCGGUGCCAGUGUUUGCCCAUGAACAGGCUCCACCCAAACCACCACGCCUCCACCUGGACGACCCCUCCCCUCCCUCUCUGCCCUCCCAGCAGAACCACUUCUACCACCACCAGCAGCCGACAGAGACCGGACGCUCUGUGCCCGACAGGCACAGGCAGCAGUACCCGACUCUUUCUCUCUGUGAGAAUGAGGUGGUCGACUGCUUGGCGUCGGAGCCCGCCAUCCGCAGGCUCGUCCCCUCCUCUGGCUCCUUCUCAGAGGUCUCCUCUGAGGACUCCAUGUCAGAAAGCUGCGGGCCCCUGGAUGUUUGCCGGGGCCUCAGCCUGGACUCUGAUGCUGACCUGAGCAACGAGGAUCUGAGGAGUGAACACAGCGAGUCUCCCUGUGCUGCUGUCCACCCGGCCAGUCUCACAGCCUCAACCGGUGUGUCCCGGUCAGAGUCUAUGGUAGGAUUAGACCUGGAUCUGGGCCCAUCCAUUCUGGAGGAUGUCCUGGGUAUCAUGGACCGCUACAAGACUGUUGACAACCGCUGUGAGCUGUGAACCAAGGCAACAUUAAUGUGAUGUGCAGAUAUUUUUAUAUAUGGUUUAAUAUAUCCCUAAAAACUGAAGAGACUAAAGGAGGACGAGGGAUGGAGCGCACAGAACCGGUCGGCUGAACUGAAAGUCGUAAAGACUGAGAGGCUUGUGGAGAUGACCUCAGCCAAGGCAACAGGCUGGUGUCCUCAGAAAUAUUUAAACUGUAAGACAGCUGUGAACAGAACCACAGUCACUUUGUUAUGACAAACCUUGGAACGGUAUUUUCUUUCUCUUUGGACUAAAUAUCAAAUAUCAGCCACUAUCCACAUUGUGCUGGGAGUUUUCUGCUUGUUAGCUGCCCGCUAAUUCAGACCUACAUGUCUGGGCUCACAGAGUUCAGGAGCGGCAGGAGGCCACGGUGCAGCCGCAGCUGCUAAGUGAUUUCUUUCCAUGUAUGAUGUCCAUGUUUCUGCAGCAGCGUUGAAAUUACAGAGUGACACUAAGAUGAACUGCAAACACAAACAGUUUCAUGCUGUUCAACUUAAUUUUGGCUGCUAAAAUGUCAUUUUCAGGAUUAAACUAUUCCAGAAGAAGAAGAUGAAUAUUACUGUGACGCUGCAGUGCCAGGUGAAGUGAGAAGAACUGCUGAUUUUACUGCUCCUCUGCUGCAGGUGAGGCGAAAACAGUCUCAGCCCGCCCUCUAGUGUCACUGUGCAGAACAGCAGCUCCGACACAUCUUGAUCAGAGGGAAAGUGAACAAGCUGAUUCUUCUGGUUUAAAAUGCUUCACGUGUAGAAUGCUGCUCUGUGGAUCAUUUUCAAAUACCAAACUUUUUAAAACACUAUUCUUCCAGGUUGUGGCUCGCUGUCGGCCAAACAUUCACUCCCUGUAUUAUCUCACUAGCCUAUUAUUCAGAAGUCAUUUAUGCUGUAUAUAUUACUGUAUGAAUGUAUGAAUAAAACAUUCCUAUAAAGAAAACU